AGCUUCCACCUGUCCGUGCGAAACCCGUACAAAACGUGCCACCAGCUGCCCUAUUACCACCAAAACCACCUGUCCUGCUUCUCGUCUAUUUCUUGUACUAGUUUCUACAUAUUCAGUAUUACUACUACCUCUUUUGGACUGAGUUAGAGUCUCCCAACUCUCUCCUUCUUCCUCUGCUUCUUCUUCUUCUUCUCCCAAGCAGCAGCUUUAGGGGUUGUUGAAGCAGCUGAUCAAGUGGAUAGUAGAUACCCACUACAAAGACUCAAAGCCAUGGACAAUGGGCUACAAGAGAGGCUGCUUAGCUCAGGAAAAGAAGAGGUUGUUAAUUUGAAAGGACGGAUUGCUGAUGAAUCCAAGAAGAUAUGGAAGGUUGCAUUGCCCGGUAUUCUCGCACGAGUGUCUUCAUUUGGGUGCAUAGUGGUGACACAAUCAUUUGUCGGACACAUUAGUGAAUUGGAUCUUGCUGGUUAUGCUCUUGUACAAACUCUCAGCGUGCGGUUUGUAAAUGGAAUACUGAUUGGAAUGUCCAGUGCGACAGAAACUCUUUGUGGGCAAGCAUUUGGUGCAGGACAGCUACAUAUGAUGGGUAUUUACCUGCAGAGAUCAUGGAUUGUUGAUUUUAUUACUCUAACUAUCUUGCUACCGGUUUUCAUCUUUGGAACAUCCAUCUUUAGAUUGCUUGGUGAAAAAGAUGAUAUAGCACAAGCUGCUGGGUACACCUCUCUAUGGUUCAUCCCCUUUAUCUACAACUUUGUUUUCAGUUUGACUAUCCAAAUGUAUCUACAAGCACAGCAAAAGAACAUGGUCAUCGCUUGGCUAUCCAUCUUGCAGUUCAUUAUCCAUAUUCCUUUGUCUUGGCUUUUUGUCUACCGUCUAGACUGGGGAGUUGGUGGUGCAAUGGGUGCACUUAGUAUCUCUUCAUGGUUUGUGGUGUUUGGUGAGUUUGCUUACAUCUUUGGUGGUUGGUGCCCUGACUCAUGGAAAGGAUUUACUACAGCUGCAUUUAAGGAUAUAUGGCCCGUAGUGAAGCUCUCAAUAGCUUCUGGUGUGAUGGUUUGCUUAGAGUUGUGGUACAAUGCUGUCCUUGUAUUACUGGCCGGAUACAUGAAAAAUGCUGAGGUUGCAAUAUCUGCCUUCUCCAUUUGCCUCAAUAUCAAUGGAUGGGAGUUCAUGAUAAGCCUUGGCUUCCUUGGUGCUGCUUGUGUUCGGAUUGCUAAUGAAUUAGGGAGAGGAGAUGCUAAAGCUGCAAAGUUUUCCAUUAAAGUCCUUCUGAGCACUUCAAUUGUUAUAGGACUAUUUUUUUGGGUGCUUUGCUUGGUCUUUGGUAGUAAAAUUGGAUACUUAUUUUCGGACGAGAAGGAAGUUGCAGAAAGUGUAUCUGACCUUUCUCUUCUAUUAGCUUUCUCAGUGUUGCUCAAUAGUAUCUACCCAGUUCUGUCAGGGGUGGCAGUAGGAGCAGGUCUACAGAGCACAGUUGCAAUUAUCAAUCUUUGUUGCUUCUACCUAAUUGGAAUUCCAAUUGGAGCUUUGCUUGGAUAUGUUGCUCAUCUUCAAGUUAAGGGCAUAUGGAUUGGUAUGCUUUGUGGGGUGAUUACUCAGACUAUUGCACUUUGCUUCAUGACAUGGAGGACAGAUUGGGAUGUAGAGGUUAUUAAAGCUAAAAACCGUCUUCAGCAAUGGUACUUGAGAUCGCCUGAAGAAUCUUCUGAUCUUGCUUAAGAGUCAAGAACCUGAGAUUUUAGGCUAAUGAACCACAUAAAUGUUGAUUUUGUUAUUGCCAAAUUUUGCGCAUGCUGAGGCUGUCCGCGAAGAUUUCGUCCUGUGUGGUCCGUCAUAUUGGAAAUUUCAUUUCAAGUCCAAACAUUUGUUUCUUGUUUGCCAUUUCUAUUCAAUUGUCCUGUAAGUAAGCUUUGAUGCCUUCGAAUUUAACUCGAGCAGGAUGGAGAAAAUCCGAGAGCUGAAAUUUUUUUUUUUGUACUACUGUUAUCUGGUGAACAAUUCGGCUGUCUUCCUCAGAUCAUGAAAGCUAAGUGUUUGGGUAGGAACAAUAACAGAUUUGAAAUUUGUGUUUAGUGCCCUGUUCUUGCAAAUUCUUCA